AUGCAAAGCUCGGCGUGCGAGGUCACCAGAGCAGGAGAGCCUGGUCGGGAAGCGUUCCAAACUGUUGGGGCCUACUCCGAUGAUGAGCCUCCGCUGCCGCAACGGGCAGUCUGCAGCCGGCGCGCGGCAGCACUCUGCGCGGUGCUGGGACUAACAGCUGUACUUGGUGUGACUCUCGCACAGGGAUCUUUGCUGCAGCAAGCAGGCGAGCUGCUUCGACAUCCACUGUCGCUUUGGUCUUCAAGACAUAUAUACAAGCACCCGACAGUCUUCACAGAGUGCGUCUGGGAUUCCACCAUUGCAGCCAGUUAUCUUCUUCGUGGUGGCUUUGAGCUUGCAGAAGCUGCCUCCGACUGCCCCAACUCCCGUGAGAUCACUUUCGACAACGCCCGGAGGCUCCUCGAUAAGCACCCAGAGAUCCACGUGCCGCCUAGCGGAUAUUUUCCUGGCGUGGUGAACAGCUUCGGGGGACAUGUUCCGACGGUUGCAAACGCGAGCAAGCAGGCGGAGGCAGCCUGUGCGCGGGCACAGGACACGCUGAACUCCCUGCACUUGAGGAGACCUCACUUGAGAAAGAACCACUCCUACGUAGAGGCCGUCAAGAAGCUUCGAGAGCGCGGUAUGCUGCCGCAGGCUGAGGAGCUUGCACGACGCCUUCGAGAAGAGGGACCUUUGCCCGAGGCUUGGGUGGAGCGCGAAGCCGGUCAGGUGGUAAAUCAGCUUUGCACCGCGCAGAUUGCUGGGACAAUCGCUGCUUGGUCCUGGGUGGCCGGCUACCUGUCCUCGGCGACCUCGGAGUGUGCACGCGACUCCACGCGCCGCCACGUCUCGCCAGGCUGGACAGACCCAGAAGCAAGCAGCUCACGAACGACGGACUUCACCGUUUGGCGGAUAUCCUUGCUCAUCAGUGUUGGAUCCUCCAUAUGGCGACCAGCGGUUGCGAGCGCGGUCCGGGAAGUCCCUUCCUCGGCCACUGGCCGCGUGUCCGCCAAGAGCAUCGGCAGAUACUGCCGCUUCCUACAUGGCUUGGGCUUCAGAGUUUAG